AACGGAUCAACACUUAACAACAACAGCAACAACAACAGCAGCCGAGCAGGUGUUAAACGUGAAACAGGUCCUCGUUGGCUUCAUCGGUGACGUAAGGGUUCCCACGGCUCGCCCAUUGGAGCGUGGAAGUGUGACAUCAGGCUCCGCGUUUGGCAUUGGCUCCGUGGAAGUGACGAGGUGCCUCCGCCGUGGAAAGCUGGCUAACCGCGCUUCCUCAUUGGCUGCAGAUCCGUGACGUCACUCAGGGUAGCUGUGGCGGGGUUUUAACUUGACUUUCAUUGAUAGCGCGGCGGCCGUAGCACAAACAUCUCUGUUGGAGCAGCGCGCGGUGGUGCUAUACAUCGGCUCACUAUCCCACGCAGCAACACAACUUUACCUUCAACACCCUUACCUUCGAAUACCCUUGAGGAACAGAGUGAAGUGCAGCCGAGUAGUGAAGUGCGGCGUGCUGAUUGUCAUUAUCCCGUGCUGAAAGAUAAGUGACAAGUGAGAAAAGAAAAGUAGCGAGAGAAACAGUGUGCGAUUGUGAUUAACCUUACCUCGGGAUGACAUUGAGUCGCACGCGGCGGCUCACGUAUCGAGUGUGAAGGGAAGGAGCGUGGAGGUACAUGAGGAGUAGGAUGUGCCAGGGGACUCUUGAAUGCGGCGGCGAGUGUGGCAACGGCAACAACAACAACACCAGCAACAACAACAACAAUAACAGCAGCAGCAGCAGGAGCACCAAGACCCUCAGCACGUACUCGGGCAGCGUCCAGCCCUCGAGGAACAGCAUGACGAUGGGCGGCGUGCGGGGCGGCUCCACACUGAACGAGGUGGGCGUGGCGAGACACAUCCCGCACUACGCCUCCACGCCACACCUCUUCGUCUACCAGGCUGCCGAGGACGAGGACGAGGUGGACAACAACGAGUCGAAGGAGAUCAAGGAGCCCAUCUACUCCUCCGCCAUUGAUAUCCGCAAAGUGGCGGCCCACAAGGAGGUGGAGGCGGUGCGGCGCAUCAACGAGAAGUACGACUCUCUGCGCGCGCUGACCGACCGGCUGGACGAGACCGAGGACCCACUGGCCGUGACGGAGGAGGACGUGUCGCGCAUUGAGACCUUCUUCCGAGGCCACAAGACGCAGCUGUGGGUAUGCCGCACGAUGGCCAACCUGUACAGCGAGGGCGGCGUGGGCUCGACCCAUGGCACCUGGGAACUCAAGUACACAGGCGUGCCCAUCCUGCUGCUGGACCUGGGAGACACUCGAUCUCGGGAUAAGCGGCGGCUGCAGCUCAUCCUCGCUGAGAAGGGGACAGGCUUUGCCCUCUGGCGGGACGUGGUGGACAACCUUACGUCUUACCGCGCCCAGGAGCCACAGUUCCACACGCUCUACCUGUCCUCCGACCACCGCCGCCGCAUGGGCUUCUCCUUCAACGAGGGUCGCGCCGCCUGCGAGUUUCUGAGCCACAUUGAACGACUCACAGCCGAUCCCGCCAACAUCUCUCUCUCCGGCCCCAGCAAGAAGAAGAACAAGAUCAAGGAGAAGAUCAUAAAGUACAAAGCACCAAAGAAGACGGACAUUUCCUCCCCCUGCAACUUCCAGCACGUGACCACCGUGGAUGCGUGCGACAAGUCGCGGUUCUUCUCCCUGCAGGCGUUCUCAAAGAUGAAGAACGCGCCGCCCCUUCAGCCGCACACGGUGGUGGAGCGCCCUGCCAUCAUUGCUUCGGACACCAAGCAGUAGCGGAGACCAGAGCCCUGCGAUGCAUAUUUCAGUGAGUCCGGAGAAAGGGUGUACAUAUGAACCCCGCGUAGAGUGACAGUUCAGGCGUGUCGGCCAGUGCUCACGGCCCCGCCUGCGAUCCCAGUGCCAAUGCGUAGUUUGACCUAUGAUCCGAGCAUGAUAAAGACGACUGUUAAUCAGGGCUGUCGAUAAUUAAAGACGAGUGUUGGGAGGCUGCCGCUGUGAAAUGCGUGUUUUUUUUUUCUUUUUCUGCAGUGUGACAGUGAAUUAAUGUGUUCAAAAAUGCAGUGCAAGACAGUGGCUCGUCACUUUGGUUAUAUGUGGCAGUGACCGUCAGUGCCCUGCAGCGGCAGCUAAGAAAUGUUGAUGAGGAGCACGCUGUGUUGGAGGAUCACAGACUCUCCACUCCUCCUUUCCGGCAGCAUUCGGAUAACUCAUCAGUGAUAAGGGAUGUCAAAGAAAGUGUUACAGAGUCUUUGUAAAUGUGUUGGACACGUUCCUGCAGCGAUCGUGUUGCGAAACAAUACUCCCGCGUGGACCCGUGGACUGCACACCGCUGCUGGAAGGGUGACAAAUUUCUGCCCUGGCGUGGACCCGCCAGACACAUGACAUUUGAUGUGCUACCACUAGCUGUUGUAGCUUGUGUAGGUUUACUGAUAAUCAAUAUUUAGAUAAUAAAUCGACCGUAUAGAUGCAACAAAAGACCAAUCAUGUAUACAUAAUGAAAGGGGUCGUUGGUGAUUUUUGCCAUAGGAAAAAUUAUGAUAGGAAGCUCUUAACAGAAAAGGAAAUCAAUUAACUUAUAAGUAGCAUAGAGUUGCUCUAAACAUCACCACUUAUACAGUACCGCGCAUGUACUGACAUACAGUGAAUUAUCAGCAAGUUAGUGUGGUCUACUCGUAUAUACCUGGGCAUCUAAUGCAAUAAGUAAGCUCUUAUUUAUCAUAACCCCAAAGCGAUCAAGUCAGCCGAUCAAGGUUGAUCUCCAUCCCAGGCCUCGCGAUGGAGUGAGUCUGUGCAUGGAAGUAAGUGUCCUGAGUCUGUCUGUGCUGCCAGCCUCCUCGUGCCCUACCCGCGUCGGUGUGUAGGGCCGCGGGACGGAGUGACCAGCCCCAGCAGCUGCUACGUGCACCCGAGUAGCCAGCCAUUAAGACUCAUUGAUUAGGAGGACAAGGGAGUCAGUGCAUGUGAACAUCCUCUGCUGAUCCACACACUCCCCGCGCCUUGUUACCACGCUUGAAAACAUGUGUCUGUAGCUUUUUCGAACACCACAAGGUCCAAUUGAUCGUGUGCCAAGGUGUUCAGGCUCUCUGGGUCAAGGGAGUUAUAGGCACGUGGUCACAUGGUUCCCUGAGACCGCGUGUGGGGUGAGGGACGGUCAGGCUGGCGGCACAGGUCCAGGGGUCAAGGUCACGCAAGGGCCACCACCAUUGAUCGUGUUGCUUGGGAAGUGGACUCCUCUAAAGCAAAGUGCAUCUAUGUAGGUUAUACUCGUACUAGUGGGCUUCAUUGUUAUCCGAUAGUGAUCCUGUGAUGUUCAUCCACUCUGUCAUUGUAUCAUCCAUAGCGUCAUCAUCUUGUCUGUCACGUCACGCAUGAUUUCACUUAACAUAUAAACCUGACUUUGAGAAUCAUUACUGUUUUGCAAAAACCUGAAAAUAUAAUAACCGUAAAAGGUGAAUUAUGAAGAGUUGAAUAUAAACGAAUUCUAUAUAUGUUAAGGUGGCGGCAGUAAUGGUGCGUCAGUUAAGCAGCAUUCACCUGAGGAAGGAAGGACCGGUGGGCGCAGGUGUCGGGGGAUGACAAGUGUUCACCUCACCCUUCCCUGCCCCGCCUCCGUGUCAGGGAAAUCCUUGUUAUCACGGCUAGCGAGGGUGUGACCUUGGGCGUGGCUGUCAACGUGGCACUUAAAAAUGUCACUGUUGUCUGGAGGAUCAAACUCAACAAUUAAAAAGAGUAGCAGUGACUUGUGACCUUAUCUUUGUCUCCAGUUUGCUAAUAAGGAUCAAACAGAGAUAUAACGAUGCGCCCACCAGAGUGACGUUGACAUAAAGCCUCCAAGCGUCUGUCCUUACCGUAAUUACUCUUCCUUCCGUCAGUCUGUAAUCAUGUGGCAAUCCCCUGCUCCCACAUUCUCACCUGUAAUGUUUCCGUGUUUCCUGUCUAAGACCUGUUCACGUAAACCCCCAGCCGUAGUGACGACAGCGUUCAGAUAGCCAUAAGCUCAUGUUCUUAAACGUACCUGCGCCUCAGUUCUCCCAUUUGAAAAGCCCCUCGUGGAAGUUGCUGGGAUUUUCAUGGCCUGGUUUGUGCUCCCAGUAAUAGGUUAACACGACCUCUACACCAUGAACGGGGAAUAUCAUCCAUGAAAACCCGGUUAAUCUUCUCUAUGGCCUUGGGUAACAGUCGAAAUGGAAGCCCAAUACGUUUAAAAAUAUGAACCUUAUCUUUUAGCCAUCGUGUCCUAGCGUUUCAGGAUCACCGAGAAAUACUGGAGACUUCUUUCUAUCCUGCAGACAACGAGUAAAUGAAUCCAAUAUGUUUUUCUGGGGUAGUAUAUUAUGUUUUGUACCUGACAGCAGAGCCUCCGUGCGUGUUGUGUGUGUGCGUGUGUGCGUGUAACAUUCCUCAUCUUUUUAUUGCAUCUUCGAAUAUGUUUAUACAGGUAUUAAAAAUUCCUUUGCAGCUUUUUAUAUUAUUCUAGCUGUGUAUGGUGCAAUAUAUACAAGGGAUAAAGCUACCAUACAUGUGUGUACAGUGUAAAUAAAGAUACGAAUAAA